CGAGGUAUGUUCGGCGGUUCAAGCUAAUAUUCACAUGUACCCCUCUCGACGUCGCCUUUUGUGUGUGUUUUGUAUCUUACCUGUUACGAUUUAAACACCGCGGAACAAAGGUCGCUGCUUUAAAGAAAGACGAGGAGGGCGGAGGACGCGGCGUCUUCCCUUCUGUGUCCGCUAGGCUUCCAUUGUCUUGUAAACAAAGUGGCUAGCUAGCGCGCGCUAGCAUGCAUUGGCGAGCAUCGGCGGGGAGACUAUGGACCUUUUUACUCCCUCUUCUCGAUCUAACUGAUAAUCUCUGCCCAAUCCAGUGAUGAUUUCAACAAUGUCUUAACGCCGAUGCGGAGCAAGGACUGGGAGCUAAAUACGGGGACGAGGAAAAAGUGGCACAACGACACUGUGAGACGUGGGAUCUUCUCCAAAGCUGCAGGCUAGAACCAAGUGGACGUGAAGGAUUGUAUGGGUGUCCUCCAUUGUAUGCACAUUUAGCACCCCGGACAGAUGGAAAAGAGGGACCGAAAACCGGGAUAUUUUGCCAGGCUGAAGAGGCGGAGACAGCUCAAACAGAGCCAAUCUGAGAAGGUCGUGAACGAUAACAGCACGGCGGUCAUCUCCUGUCCGGACGUGCCAAAUGAGGGUGAACCCAACAAGAAGGCAGGCCUGCAUAGUAUAAUAACAAAGACACCUGCUGGGUCAGCUGAUGGCUGUAAAAGUAACAACCCAGCAAAGAGGGAGAAGAGAAGGCCGCCAGGGACAGUUGAGUUCAUUGUGGGACCAAAUGACACCCUCAACAGCAUCGCCCUCAAAUUCAAUAUCACCCCAAACAAGCUGGUGCAGUUGAACAAGCUCUUCUCUCACAGCGUCUACCCUAGUCAGAAGCUGUUUGUCCCCGAUGUGAGCCAGGCCGACACAAUGUCCACCAACCCAUCCCACACGAAUGGUUCUUCUUUGGAAACAACACAGAUUACUUCCACAAAGGCAACUUGUUUUUCCACUCUACUGGAUGGAGGUCCAAACUGCUGUUCGGAAAGGUCAAUCCGACGACAGCUCUCCCCUAAUUCAGAGGACGAGAGCCCAGCAACGGUUAAAUUCAUUAAGAUGAGCUGCAAGUAUUUCACUGAUGGAAUGGGAGUUGUAGGCGGUGUGCUGAUCGUGACCCCCAACAACAUCAUGUUCGACCCCCACAAAUCGGACCCACUGGUCAUUGAGCACGGCUGCGAGGAGUACGGCCUCAUCUGCCCCAUGGAGGAGGUCGUCUCUGUGGCGUUGUACGACGACGUCUCACGCAUGAAGCUGAAAGAUGCCCUACCGUCCGACCUACCCCAGGAUCUGUGUCCUGUCUACAGGCCUGGUGAUUGGGAGCAGCUGCCGUCAGAGCAGGACUUGAACCCUUUUAGUCGCUACGAAGCUCUGGAUGCAAAACAGCCUAUCAUUUUGGACGACUUGGAGUCGGCCCCCUCAGAAACUGAGAGCACAGAAGGAGAGCAUGCCGAUAAGUCUCCCUCGGAUGAAGGCUUCACCGAGUUGGAGCCUACAGUCAAUGGGAGCAUUGAAGAAGGAGAGGGAUCAUUCUCAACAAAAACACUUGAAAGUGACAGCAGGGAUCAACAAGACAUCCAAGAACCAAAGAGCCCCGGCAGGAAGGAAUCCCAGGAGACGUUUCUGUUUUGCCAAACUAAAGAGAAGCAGGAGGACGAAGAGGAUGAAGGCUUGGCUCAGAACAGCUUAGUAGAAGACGGUGAGUCCAUCCUGUCAUCUUCAGAGACGGGAAAAUCGGAGAAGUUGCGCAACACGUCGAGAAGCAGAGCAGAAACCAAAGAAGAACCUAAUGGGACCAAAGAGCUGCCGAAGUGUGCACAGCAUGAGGGUAUCACAAAGUUAUGUGAGACUGCAGAGGUGUCCUCAGACCUGGAAGGUCAUGGGAAUGCACAGAGACCUGCCAAGGUGGCGCAACUCAGUGAGGAGGAGAGGCGGAGGAAGAGCUACCAGGCGGAGAUGAAGUCAUGGCUGCUGGAGAGGAUGCAGGCUCCAAUUGAAGACAUGCUUUUCUCGUCAGAGGAGAAGAGUAAGAACCCGCCAAUGUUCCUCUGCUUCAAAGUGGGCAAACCAAUGCGGAAGUCAUUCGCCACUGGGAUGACCUCCAGCCCCGCCCACUCAUUCGGAAGCUUGGGCAAGCAGCCCGAGUACUGGUUUGCUGUGCCACAGGAGAGGGUGGACCAUUUGUAUGCAUUUUUUGUCCAGUGGUCUCCCGACGUUUAUGGCAAAGAGGCCAGAGAGCAGGGCUUCAUCGUGGUAGAGAAGGACGAGCUGGACAUGAUCGACAACUUCUUUGGUGACCCAGCGUCUUGCAGCUGGGAGAUCAUCACAAUCGACGAGGCCAAACGGAGGCAGAGUUUCGGCAGCUGUGAUGCAGAGCUGUGUGUGGACAGCCUACUGCCCUUACUAAGCGAUGCCAGCAGUCUGCUGCAGGACGCACAAAUUGAGAAGCUGGCCUGUCGCUUGCCGGCCCGUGUGCAAGGCUACCCAUGGAGACUGGCCUACAGCACCGUUACGCACGGCACCAGCCUCAAGACACUCUAUAGGAAUCUUGCUGAUGUGGAUAGUCCAGUGCUGCUGGUCAUCAAAGACCUGGAUAACCAGGUCUUCGGGGCGUUCGCCACUCAUCCCUUCAGAGUGAGCGAGCACUGCUACGGCACGGGCGAGACCUUCCUCUACAGCUUCUGUCCUGAGAUCAAGGUGUACCGCUGGACAGGCGAUAACUCUUACUUUGUCAAAGGCAAUAUUGAUUCACUGCAGAUGGGAGGAGGAAGUGGUCAACUGGGUCUGUGGCUUGAUGCCGGGCUGUAUCGCGGCACCACCACCAAAUGCGCCACUUUUAACAACCAGCCGCUCUCCACCCGCCAGGACUUCAACAUCCACAGUCUGGAGGUGUGGAGCUUUGAGUAGCUCCCCCCAGCAUUCAAGCCUACCACAGACAUGCUUCACUUUCUGCUCUCACAAAUCCUUUUACAGCACAGCUUGUAGGUAAAUCUAAGCUGCCUGAUUGGAUGCUUAAUGAUCUGUGAGGGGGUGGCGGAAAGCAGUCGUUUCAAGAAGGCAGGGUCAGCAUCACGUGAUUGUAAGCCCCAGUCUGGUCGCUUGUGUUUAAUUAGCUGCCUUUCACCUUUAAAAGUCUCCAGGUUUCCCUCUGAUAUGCAGACUUGCCUUAGUGCCACAACAUUGUGAGAAAUGAAGAAAAAAAGAAGAGGGCUGUUUUUCCUUAAAAUUAAAAGCAAUCGUGUGAAUGUACAGGAACUCAUUUUGGAAGAAACUGAAGCAGUCUAGAAAGGUUUCUGACCAUUCACCAUUUCAUUUGUUUAAAAAAAAAUGCCGCACCUCCUCUAAAUGCUACUUUGAUUUUCGAACUGAAUCAAUGUUAAAUUACAUCACAAUAAGUGGUUUCAUUACCUCCACCCAAAACACCCUUUUUGCAUCGACCAAAUAUUAUUUUUCUGUGUGAACUUGUCACAUUUUUAUAUGAUUUUUUUUUUUUCCUAUGAGUAUUUUUUUUAUCGUUUAUUUUUAUUGAGAUGUUAUUUUGUUCAGCGGACUGACGUAACCCAACAAGCACUAGAAUUCGAUCACUGAUUUUUUUGUUUUGUUUUAAAGCCAGUAGAACAGGGGUGUCCAAAUGGUUUUACCCGUAGGACCGUGCCACUUUCAUAGAAUUAACCCAUUAUUAUUAUUAACCAAUUUAAAGAAGAGAUAUGCUAAACAGGUAAAUAUAUUCAAAGAAAAAGAGUCUACGUGUCAACUGUGUAUUAUUUUUCAUUUCUGUGAGGCUCUCAUCCCCCUCUGUAGAAUGUAAUUUUAUUUUUAGACAAACCCAGGGUCCAAUAAAAAAAAAAUGCAGCGGGCUGCAAUUUGGACACCCCUACCGCAGAAGAAUCACGUUUUGCACUACAGGAUUUAAGACCAGUCUAACGCUGUAUUGUGGAGUUAUGUAAUUUAGCAUUUCUUUGGAGAAAAACACUUAAUGUGACUGAAUGUUGUCCAAACACCACUACAAAAGAAAAGGGAUCACUCAAUGCACUCUACUAAUGCCACUGACAAAACAUUUAGAUCACACAAAUACAUUUAAUUAUGUCGUGCAGUGAGUGUAUGGAUAUAUUGUUCUACAUACAUCAGUGUUGUCGUAAUGAGUUAGCGCUCCAUGUGUAAAUGAGCUUUGUUCUUGUGUUGUAACUGUGAAUGCACCUGAAGUAUUAUUUUCUUGUGAAUCCCAAACUGCUGUCUUCUGUAAGGAUCUAUUUAUUAUUAUUGUGUUAUGGCAACUACAUUUAAGCCUGAAUAAAUGUUGUAUACAUGUC